UUGCGGGAGGAGAUGGGAAAGUUGUGCAGCCUGGUACCCCCCAGCAGAGGUUUUUGGAUGUUUCCUCGCCCUAUUGGGGUGCUCCCAGGUGUAGUGUUGUGCCAGUGGCAUGCUGAGCUCAUGCUUUAAAACGUCUGUGCAACUUGCAUUGUGACAAAACACCAAGGCAUGUUGCAUUGGGCCACAGCACCAAGGCAGCGGAGGAGGGUGGGGUUAGUGCAGUUUUGGUCUUGUAGAGGAGCCCAACCUUUAACAACUACUGCAGCCCAUCACUGGGAGGCCCUGAUCAUUCCCAUAUUCAUAUCAAAGCACCCUGAAAUUCACCAGAAUGCCCACACAAUGUCUGAUUCUCCAGUACACUGCACCUCAUUUACACCUGGGGCAAGGUUCUCUAUCCCUGCUGGCCAGUUGGCUCAGUGCCCACCACCACUCUCAACCUAUGUCCUGCAUUGCAACAUUAUUUCAUUAAUUCCUGCAAUGCAAUUUUAACAUUAACAACCUGCUUCAUUUGCCCUUCCCCUGCCACCUCCCUCCACUUACUGCAUUGUCUCUCCACAACUAAAUUAAUUUGACUUAGUUGAUAACUUCAUCUGUAUUAAAAUUUUCCACUUAACACAGAGAAGAUAAACAAUACACACAACAUGUACAGAACAGCAAAUAUGAUACUCUAGCUCCAAGAGUCCAAUUCUCCUCUUGCUGACCCUGCUGCAAAGCAGUGAAUUCUAAAUACUAAGCAACGAAUCAGCUGAAGUCAAUGCAAUUACACCGGUGUAGAGCUCAUGUAAACGAAUGGAAGAUCUGUCCCCAUGGUCAUGGAGGCAACACUCUCAGACACUCGGGCAGUAUCUAGAAGACAAUCUGUUACUUUUAGAAACUCUUUUUACUAAAAACAAAUGAUGAAGCACUUUUGUCUUGGGGUUAGUUGUUUUCUUUUUCCACUGAUUUUUUUUAAUUUUAUUUUUAGGUUCCUUUGGGAGGGGAAGAGAAGUGGAAUGCAGCUUAAAAGCUAGAGGACAGGAGAGAGAAAGCAUGGGGGAGGAAGCCUCGCCCUUCCAAACGUCAAACAAUAUUAUUGUUCAGCUUGCUUAGCAUUCAGUAGGGAGAAUUUCAAAGAGUGGGGCUAGGAAAGGGGCGCCAUAGCAUUGCUGCUGUGUUUCCUCCCCUGAAAAGUUGAGCAGUUCAGUCCUACAUAACUCUCUUGGGCAGAGUUAUGUAGGACUGAACUGGUCAACUUUUCAGGGGAGGAAACACAGCAGUGGCUUCAGUGGGCUUUGGCUCAGGCCUUGUUUACAGGACAUACAGCAUCGUUGAAAAGCUGCCACCUCUGGCAUGGGAUGGUGGCAGCCAGCUGGUGCUAGUGUACUAUACAGCAGUGACUAGGGUGAUUUUUUUUGGCCAGGAAUCUAGAGCCAAUGAGCAGACAUAUGUCGUGCUGUGGUACCUAGGCAGAGCAGACAGGACCUUGGUUUUUAAAAUCUCAUCUAAAAAAGCCACAUGUAUUCAGUAAACUCCAUUGGACCCCAUUCUUAGGUGCACACUGGCAGCAUAAAGGGACCUUACAGGGGAUGGAAAGAGCCCUCUGAGAAUAUCCACUGUGCAUGGGCGGGAAGAAAGAGGGGAGGCCUGGCAUCAGAGUUUUGCUGCUGCCCCAUUCCCAGCUCUUAGUGUGGAGGGCAGGGAAGGGGAAUGGCCAAGGUACACUACCCUCUCCGGCUAUUCUCUGCUUCUCAAACAUCAUAGAAGGCUCUGGGAAGCAGAGGUGUAAGUCAAGCAACCCUAAGGCUGCUCUGACUUACACUGGUGGGUCUACCAGGUAGGCCCCAGAAUAACCCUAGAGGACCGAGUGUGUGAAUACAGCGUAAAGCCACCCAUGCCCCAUCUCCUCCAGCCCUGCCUUAAGCACAGGGACAGAGUAACUGAGAAUCAGGCCUAUGGAGUCUAUAGGAGGCAUGAGUCGAUGCUGCUGGCAAUUGAACCUGUGGUUCCAGAAAGCCUAUAGAGUUUUAUGCAUCUUCUGGCACAAUGGCACAUUAGGGACUCUUGUAAAAUGUAAACGUUCAGUUCCAUAGCGAUAGCAAUAGAUAGUUAAAGGAAACCUAACUCUCUGAGGGAAACAUGCUGGAUUUUAUAUUAGUGAAAGGAGGAAAUGAGAGCUGCAGCAGUGACAGAAGAGGAGAUUGCAGUUCAGGGGCUCCCAUGACUCAGACUCUGCUCCCAUAGUUUGUGAUGGCAUCCCACACCUGCUUUGGAAUGGAAAUACGGCCUGAUAUUCCAUGGCUGCUGUUCGCUGCUUUCUCCUUGUGUGGCUUUCCACAUAAAUCUCAGAGCAUAGAUCAGCUGUCAACUUUACACAAAAGAAAACCAGGGAGGUGGAUAGCAAAGGAAUGGAGUCAGAUCUGGACAGGCGAUGUCACCCCACUCCUCCACACACCUACCCAGGUGAACUGAUGGCCCUGUCUGUAUAGAAACAUAAAGACUACAUCACCAGAUCAGAGCAGUAUUUCAUCUAGUCUAGCAUCCUGCCUCCAACAACUGCGAGUACCAGCUGCUUCAGAGCAAGAAUCUCUCCAUUCCCUGUGACUGGAGCGCAAACACCGCUGAACACCCUCCCCGCAUUAGACUUGUGCUCCCAGCGUUUGGUUGACCAGAGAGCCCUGUAUGGCGUGUAUAUGUUUGGUCUAGGUUACCAAGGCCUUGGCAGCAGCUCCAUAGUUAAGGCUGCAUCAAAAUCUCUCCUUCAGUAUCUCGAUGGGGGUUGUGGAUGGCAUCUGUCUGAGGUGAUCUUCCCGGCGAGCACGGGCACCAAUGCCCACGCCCUCGAGCCAUGCACCUGGGAGAUGUGCCUUCCUGGCAGGGGAUUUCACUUUGCCAGGAUACAAUCUGGUAAAUUUGCAACAGCCACCACGGAGAGAACACAGGAACCCCCGUUGGGCCUGCCGUGUCCCUUUGACGGAGCAUUCUGGAUUCAGAGACCCCCCCAGCAGGGUUGCUUUGCUGGCAUUCCCAAGCCCCCUGCCAUCCCGCAAGCUUCACCUGCCCUAUCUCCCUCUUCUGCUGUUUGCUUCAUGGAGAACAAGAGCUGCAAAGGGGACAGCCUGCAGCCAGCUGUCCAGUGCAAACACUCUGUCGAGAAGAAGACAAUGACUAACCCCACAACGGUGAUUGAGAUCUACCCAGAUACCACCGAGGUGAACGAUUACUAUCUCUGGUCCAUCUUCAACUUUGUAUACCUCAACUUCUGCUGUCUCGGCUUCAUCGCCUUGGCCUAUUCUUUGAAAGUCCGGGAUAAGAAACUCCUCAAUGACCUGAACGGAGCUGUCGAAGAUGCCAAGACAGCCCGGCUUUUUAACAUCACCAGCUCGGCACUCGCCACUUUCUGCAUCAUCCUCGUCUUCAUCUUCCUGCGCUAUCCGCUCACUGACUAUUAGAGCGAGGCCAGCAGCCGCUGCCGAAAUGCCUCAGUGCCAGAAGUGUCCACCGAAUUUCCUCCAGCAAGGAUAUGAAACAACAAUCCAUCUUGAUUGCAAAAAAAUAAAUACAAAAUAAACCCCACCAAGCAACCCCCCCCACCCUGACUUGUAUUUGAACUUCUGUAGAAAAAGAAAUUACUUUUACAUUUUUUACAGAAAAAUAUUUAUUUUCAUGAUAAACAAAAGUAUGUGAUAACAUGCAACGCUUAGAACUAACCACAACAUGAGCCAAUAGCUGUGCAGCUAGACACUGCAAUCACGGUGGUGGCCGAGGAAUCAGAGAGAACAUUGUGUCAUCAACAAGCCGCUGAUUAAAGUUACAUAAACAGCCCAAGUGCUGAGCUGUGUUUUAGAUUGAAAACAACAAAUAGCCUAUUGGGAGAGCUGAACUGCAAAUCUACCGGGAAGCAUGGGCGCUGAUUUAGAGCUCAAGAGAGGGAGGGAAAAUGCCUGCUACUGCCAGAUAAAACUGAGGAGUAACACAGGGCAGAUUCAGGACAUAUCAAAUGUGUUCAGGCUGCUACCACGUCCUCUCUCUCUCUCUUCUCCCCUUCCCCUCACUCCCAUGGAUAUUUUGUUCUUUUCCUCUUUUUAUACAUUUUUUUCAUUGAAUUUCAUUUGAAGGCCAGAAUAGCUUACCAUUCCCCGUCCCCAGAGAGCUUUAUCCUUGGGAGUUCAUAGUGGAGAAUCCUAAAGCCUCCCAAUAAACCCCAAAGAUUUAAAAUAAAACAAAACUCCUCCAGGGACUCUCCUGCAAAUGCUGAGAACGUAGGCAACCUUUGGAGAACUUGCAUAUAUCCUGUAUACCGACUCCUACUGUAUUUCUGUAAACUUUCAAUAAAGAUGAUAAUACCUCUGCC